UCGCGAGAUCGACGGCCAGUUGAGGUUAUGUCGUCGUGUGACGAGCGGGAGAUGAGAUCACACGCGGAAUGGACAACAAGUUACACUUCUACCAGUUUCUCUGAACACUGGAAACCGAGAAAGCGUCUACCGCUUCCAUCAUAUAUACGACGUUUAAGUACGCAACUCGAUCAGCUUGACAAACGCUGUAUAAAUAAGAUUCAUAAUUCACGAGUGAUGUCUGUGCCACCUGAUCCUCAUGCUCGAAAGCCCAUACGAUUAGAAGAUUGUGAUAAAAGCUAUGCAAGCGAUGAUUUUCAUAAAUUACAUAGGAAAAGUGAGAGAUCACCUGACUGGCUAGAGAGAAACACAUUUGAAGAUGAAGAACUAUCUGUUAACGGUGAUGAUAUUGAUUAUGAUGGACAGAUGACAAGAAGUCCUAGAAAAGCACGGAAUGAGGAAAUACAAUCUUCUCGUGCACAAAGCCACUCCAGGACUGCCUCUCCACAAAGAAGAAAGACUCCUUCAAAAAGAGAAUCAAGAUACAGAGGAAGCUCCGGAAACGAGCCAGACGUGUACAGUCUCUCUUGGCUAUUCACGUCUUUUAUUAAUAUCGUGUGGCAUCAUCCCUUCAUCAGCAUAGCAAUACUUUUGCUUUUCAUGUGUAUGCUGCGUCCAAGUAUGAGCGAGAAACAUGUACAACAUAUGGACAAUCCUAAUUUGCUAUUGUGUAAAUCCAUCGAGGAAGUCAGAGCAAAGUUUCACAAUCAGGAAUCGGAUAUCUGGAAUGACAUCUCAUCCGCGAUCAACGAAAUAAUAUCACGAACGCCCAAAGUACCUUCCAUUAUUUUACUGUACGCGAACGAAACGAGCACGAUGAACUGCUUGGCCACGGAGAUCGCGCGCGUUAGUAGCACUCUUUUACAUACCGAUGGUCCUAUGCAUUUAGAUCCGAAAGACUUUGGGGAUGAUGCAGGUGUAAUUAUUAACGAGUUGAAUGAAAGGCUUCCCUCAAAGAAGGUCGUGAUAAUCCGCGAUAUUCUGAACAUCAACGCCAAAGCGAUAAGAGCAUUGCAUAAUUUGUGUGAUAGGAUAAAUCCUUUGGUUGGAGAGGCCAUUUAUAUUCUUACUAUGCAAACAAACGGUUAUGAAUCGACAGAGAAACGCCUGGCCCUUGUAGAGAAGCAGAUUUACCGGAAAUUGUCGGAAAGCAUCGAUCGGGAUAUCUUAUCGGCACUUGUAACGCGCAUUACAGACGGGGCGAUUGUAUCCGUACAACCCGAACCGCACUUGCGAUACUGUACUUGAUCCAUUUGCUAUUGCACGCACUAGUACAUAUAAGGUGAUAUUUAUGUAAAUAAUAAAGAAUUAAUUGGUAAGAGUUAAGUAAUACAGAUAGAAAUUAAUAUAUGAUAUGGAAAGUAAAUACUUUGCAGUAAAUUGCAGCCUUGAGACUGCUAUUAAUGUUGAACUAUUAUGUUAAACAAGGAAUUACACGAGUUUCUUUGCCUUAAAUAUAUAAUAAACAGUGUUCUUUUUUAAACAACAGUCACGAUUAUUUAUUAAUUUAUAUUUCGAUAUAUGUCGUGAGAAUUAAUCAUUUAAAGUUUUGUUUCUCUAAUGCUGUGAAAGUUGCAAUGUUGAAUUAGAAGAUUUAAUUGUUUUCACAUUUGGAAUGAUAACAUUAUUAUUAUUAUUGUAUUUAUUUGUAUAACGAUAUUAUAAUAAUAUGUGUGGUUCAUCAUGGCAUUCGUAAUCGAGUUUGUUAUUAAUUGCAAGUUAAGAAAAUACAUAAGAUGUAGAUCUGUUAAUUUAACUUUAUUUUGUUAUGUCAAUAUUACACGAAAUAAAUUUCAUUUUUAGUGAGCCUUUUUCAAUUCGCAAUCGCAAUUUCAUAUUUCUAUGUAUAUUCAAAAAAUAUAACGACACUGCUGUAUUUAGCGAUUUCACGCAUAUAUUUCCGAAUGACAUAUUUAUUUAGCUUCAAAAUAAAAUACAAUAAUUAUGA